CAAACACCCCAGGGGAAAGGGGAGACAAGCUUGGGAGCAAAGAUUUGGAUCAUCUCUUGCAUUUAAGGCAAUGAAAUCAACCUGAUCCCUGCCUUGUUUUUUUGUCCAUUUUUUUUAUUUAAAUGAGGCUCAACUUUAUGCUACUUGUUGCUUUGCCAGGAGACACCCAGGCAGGGAAGACAGCGGGACUGUAAGAGCUGCAGCCACAGCACUAUGAAAUCUAAGGUGUGUGAGUGACCAGUGGCAAUGGCUCGCCUCCAGCUGGACUCUCCUUGUAAACAGUAGCCCUGGGGCAGCCUUCAGCCACACAGCACUCCCAUGCGUGGCUCCGCGUCGCCUUGCUGGGCACCCUCGCCACUCUGCAGAUGCCUUUCUCGGGGGAAGAGAGGAGCCUUCAGGGGGUUUACAAGUCGACAGCUCAGCAGCAGGAUGGGCGAGCCCUGGCAGCCGGGGGGGUGCCUGUGUGUGCCGAGUGCUACACUAACCAGACCUUCGUCUUUGAUGAUGGCAGCUCCCACAGGCUCUCGUCGCCGGGCGCCUGCGGGGGCUGCGGCGGCAGCAGAAGCGGGGUCAUCCUGGACAUCGCCUCCCUGAAGAUGAACGAGCUGGAGUCCGAGGUGCUGCCCCUGCCGCCCCGCUACCGGUUCCGGGACCUGCUGCUGGGGGACCAGGCCUUCCAGAACGACGACAGGGUACAGGUUGAGUUCUACGUAAAUGAAAACACCUUUAAAGAACGUCUCAAGCUGUUCUUCAUCAAAAACCAAAGAUCAAGCCUAAGGAUACGGCUAUUCAAUUUCUCCUUGAAGCUUCUCACCUGUCUUCUCUAUAUUGUACGUGUUCUGCUUGACAAUCCAGCAGAGGGAAUAGGAUGCUGGGAAUGCGAAAAGCAGAAUUACUCAACCUUCAACCAGUCGUCUACAGAAAUAAACUGGGCUCCAAUCUUAUGGGUGGAUAGAAAAAUGCCAUUAUGGGCAAUACAGGUUAGCGUAGCUUUAAUCAGCUUCCUAGAGACCAUGCUUCUCAUCUAUCUCAGCUACAAGGGAAACAUCUGGGAGCAGAUUUUUCGCAUUUCAUUCAUCCUUGAAAUGAUCAACACGGUGCCCUUUAUAAUCACAAUAUUCUGGUCCCCUUUACGGAAUUUGUUUAUUCCAGUUUUUCUGAACUGCUGGCUGGCCAAGUACGCCCUGGAAAACAUGAUAAAUGACUUGCACCGUGCGAUACAGAGGACACAAUCCGCCAUGUUCAAUCAGGUGCUGAUUCUGAUUUGUACCCUGCUGUGUCUUGUUUUCACAGGAACCUGUGGCAUCCAGCAUUUAGAAAGAGCAGGUGACAACCUCUCCCUCUUCAAGUCCUUCUACUUCUGUAUUGUCACCUUCUCCACCGUGGGCUAUGGAGAUGUGACCCCAAAGAUCUGGCCCUCGCAGCUCCUGGUGGUUAUAAUGAUUUGCGUUGCCCUUGUCGUGCUGCCCCUCCAGUUUGAGGAGCUUGUGUAUCUCUGGAUGGAACGUCAGAAAUCAGGAGGGAAUUACAGCCGCCAUCGAGCACAGACGGAGAAACACGUUGUCCUUUGUGUCAGUUCCCUCAAGAUCGACCUCCUGAUGGACUUUCUGAACGAGUUCUACGCCCAUCCCCGGCUGCAGGAUUACUACGUAGUGAUACUUUGCCCAACAGAGAUGGAUAUACAAGUUCGGCGGGUCCUUCAAAUUCCUCUGUGGUCUCAGCGAGUGAUAUAUCUUCAGGGGUCUGCACUGAAAGAUCAGGAUCUCAUGAGAGCAAAGAUGGAUAACGGAGAGGCCUGCUUCAUUCUCAGCAGUCGAAAUGAGGCGGACCGCACGGCUGCGGACCAUCAGACCAUCCUGAGAGCCUGGGCUGUGAAGGAUUUUGCUCCCAACUGCCCCCUCUACGUUCAGAUUCUAAAGCCUGAAAACAAGUUUCAUGUCAAGUUUGCUGAUCAUGUGGUCUGCGAAGAAGAAUGCAAAUACGCCAUGCUGGCUUUGAACUGCGUCUGCCCAGCAACCUCCACUCUCAUCACCCUGCUGGUUCACACAUCCAGGGGCCAAGAAGGCCAGGAGUCCCCGGAGCAGUGGCAAAGGAUGUACGGGCGCUGCUCAGGCAACGAAGUGUACCACAUCCGCAUGGGGGACAGCAAGUUCUUCAUGGAAUACGAAGGGAAAAGCUUCACCUACGCUGCCUUCCACGCACACAAAAAGUAUGGCGUCUGCUUGAUCGGCAUCAGGAGGGAAGAGAACAAGAGCAUCCUGCUGAACCCUGGGCCGCGGCACAUCAUGACGGCGUCUGACACCUGCUUCUACAUUAACAUCACCAAGGAGGAGAACUCUGCCUUCAUAUUCAAGCAGGAGGAGAAGCAAAAGAAGAAAGGGUUUUCAGGGAGAGGGAUCUAUGACGGCCCAUCCAGGCUGCCUGUUCACAGCAUAAUUGCAAGUAUGGGUACAGUAGCAAUGGACCUGCAGAACACAGAAUGUCGCCCUGUUAACAGCAGCAAGCUGACCCUGCCAUCAGAAAAUGGAUCAGGUAACAGACGGCCCAGCAUUGCUCCGGUCCUAGAGCUAGCAGACAGCUCCUCCCUCCUGCCCUGUGAUCUGCUCAGCGACCAGUCAGAAGAUGAGAUGACUCAGUCAGAUGACGAAGGACUUACUGUUGUAGAAUAUGUGAAAGGCUACCCCCCGAAUUCACCCUAUAUUGGGAGUUCUCCCACAUUGUGCCACCUUCUACCUGUAAAAGCCCCUUUCUGUUGCUUGAGGUUGGACAAGGGCUGCAAGCACAACAGUUAUGAAGAUGCCAAGGCCUAUGGGUUUAAGAACAAGUUGAUUAUAGUUUCAGCAGAGACUGCUGGGAAUGGCCUGUAUAAUUUCAUCGUCCCUCUCCGUGCAUACUAUAGGUCCCGGAAAGAGUUAAACCCAAUUGUAUUGCUACUGGACAACAAGCCUGAGAACCACUUCUUGGAAGCCAUCUGUUGUUUCCCCAUGGUUUACUACAUGGAAGGCACGAUCGAUAACCUAGAUAGUUUGCUGCAGUGUGGGAUCAUUUAUGCUGACAACUUGGUGGUUGUGGAUAAGGAAAGCACAAUGAGUGCAGAGGAGGAUUACAUGGCAGACGCAAAAACAAUUGUCAACGUCCAGACCAUGUUCCGGCUGUUUCCAAGCCUUAGCAUCAUCACUGAGCUGACCCACCCGUCCAAUAUGAGGUUCAUGCAGUUCAGAGCAAAGGACAGUUAUUCCUUGGCCCUCUCCAAACUUGAAAAGAAAGAGCGAGAAAACGGCUCCAACCUGGCGUUCAUGUUCCGGCUCCCAUUUGCUGCCGGCAGAGUGUUCAGCAUUAGCAUGUUGGAUACGUUGCUCUAUCAGUCGUUCGUGAAGGACUACAUGAUCACCAUUACGAGAUUGCUGCUGGGCCUUGACACCACGCCGGGUUCUGGCUACCUCUGUGCUAUGAAAAUCACUGAGGAUGACCUGUGGAUCCGUACGUAUGGCCGUCUCUUCCAGAAGCUUUGCUCUUCCAGCGCAGAAAUUCCCAUUGGGAUCUACAGAACUGAAUCGCACAUGUUCUCAACAUCUGAGCCUCAUGACAUCAGAACUCAGUCGCAGAUCUCAAUCAAUGUUGAGGAUUGCGAGGAUACAAAAGAUGUCAAGGAGCACUGGAACAUCAAGACAAGCCAUCACAGGAACUCCUGCUCGAGUGACCAGUCUGAACACCCCUUGCUACGGCGUAAAAGCAUGCAGUGGGCACGCAGGCUGAGUCGGAAGGGAAACAAGCACACAAGCAAAACAGCAGAGUGGAUCAGCCAGCAGAGGUUGAGUCUGUACAGGAGGUCGGAGCGGCAGGAGCUUUCAGAGCUUGUCAAAAACCGAAUGAAACAUCUGGGUUUACCUACAACUGGGUAUGAGGAUGUAGCAAAUUUAACAGCCAGUGAUGUGAUGAAUCGGGUAAACCUUGGAUAUUUGCAAGAUGAAAUGAAUGACCAUCAGAACACAUUAUCCUAUGUCCUGAUUAAUCCGCCGCCAGACACACGCCUGGAACUCAAUGAUAUAGUGUAUUUAAUACGCUCUGACCCUCUAGCUCAUGUAUCCAAUGACUCCCACAGUCGAAAAAGCAGCUGCAGUAACAAGCUGGACCCAUGCAAUCCUGAAACAAGAGAUGAAACACAGCUCUAAACAACCUUGCCACUGACCACGUCUUCUUCUCAUAUUGCUAAUGCAUGGAACUGUAAGAGAAUUUACUAUAAACUUUACCCAAGGGGAUGAAUUCUUUGGGGACAAAAAUGGAUUCCAGGUGGAAUACUUAAAAGAAAAAAAUCCAGUGAACACUACUUGUCAGUGGGUUCCAAUGUCCUGGCAGAUGCCUCCGCUUUGCACUAAGAAAAUAUAAUUCCCAACCUGGAUUCAAGCUGCUUAGAAAUGCCUUGAAAGAAAAUUCCUCAAACCUCGGAGUUAAAGGACAGCUGGCCAAAUAAAAGGCUCGAGGAUUCGUACGGUUAUUUGUUUUUAACUUUUUUUUUUUUAAUAUAUACCGCAACUAGUGAACAGUCUUCAUCGGUACUGGCGGACGUGGCCGAAGUGAACAGAGACUACAACUGAAACCUGAUUGACUAGAAGGAUCGGACUGAAAAACACCCCCAAACACUGCCGAUCACAUUGUACCCAGUGGAAUGUGGCAGUGUCAGGGCAAGAGAGAAAAUUAUCAUGUAGCCUUUUUAUUUAUGUUUUCAAUGGUAUCCUUCCCCCUGCAGGCUACCCACCCGUCCUAAUGCUCUUCAGCCGUUGUUGCCUUGUUUUCCAUUAUGGGGAAAGAGACAGCUGGGGGGGAGAGAGGUGAAAGACAUCACUCACUUUUAAUUAGCCAUCUCCAGUUCUGGUACAAUAGCACAUCAUGCCUUUGGAAGCUCCAGUAAGCUGCUGAGGUGGGACAAGAAACCCCUUAAGCUAGAGGGCUGCUGGAAGUGUGCGAUUUGUCCUUAGGCGCUGGGGCUAUGAGCCAAAGCCGUUGUCAAAUUACAGCAGUGUACGUUUAUCAAAUGCCUGUGCCAAAUCCACCUUCCUUUAAAAGUCUCAUAAACAGGCAAACUGAGGACCAAAACUUGUGACAUCAUCCCUGUGCUGUUUAUCUGUGGUCAUAGCUACAUGGAACCCCUGGUUCAGCUGGGCCCCUG